GGGUUUGGUGAUCGCGUUCACUUAGCAUGGCUGAUCUUCUUCUGGACCUCUUGGACGCUGAGCGUACUGAUCCUCAGGCUCACUCCAGUCGCGCCAACAAUCUCACAGCCCUCGCAACCAAACUCCAAUACCUUGAGCACUUGGCUGAACAGUCCCAAGCAUCACUGUUGUCUGCAGAGCCGCAGAGUUUAGCCCACUCAUCCCACUCGCUGCUACUCUCCCUUCAAGACAUAUCGAAAAGAUCCCACAAGACAGUGGUUGACUCGGCGAGCUGCCAUGCCACUCUGGAAAGAGCGCUCCCAAGGCUUAUGAAGGGCACAACACAGCUGCAAAACGCCAUCCCGAAAGUCGACUCUGAAGCCCUUCAUUUCUCCUCAACGUAUAGCAAAGCCAGCGAUAACAACAAUUUGCUUCGAAGACGCCGCGCCCUUUUACUGCUCAAUAAUGUUGAACGACUUGUUGACGUCCUAGAGCUCCCCGCAUUGCUUUCCUCGGCCAUCACAGCGGUACCACCGAACUAUGCCACUGCUCUUGACUUGAACGGCCAUAUCAGACGACUGAAUCUGCUGCAUCCUGAGUCUCCUUUGAUUGCAUCCGUCUACUGCCAGGCGAGCGAAGCGAUAGACCGCCUCACAGCGGAUCUGAUUGCUACACUAAAGGCCCCCGGCCUUAAACUAGCCACGGCUUUGCGGACUGUGAGCUGGCUUAGGAGAGUUCUUCCUGAUUUUGAUGGCGAUUCCAGCACCGGACGCAACAUCCAGGAGCGAAGCUUGUCAUUUCUGUUUCUUCGUUGCCGCCUCGCAACCCUAGCAACCACUCUCGACGCGCUGCUUCCACUUCAGGAGUUAGCUAACGAGGAAAAGGCUAGGCAGUCUAGCUCGCGUAACGCACAGAGCUGGUCUGGCGGUCAGCAAACAGAACGAUUCCUAAAGCGCUAUGUCGAGAUAUUCCGCGAGCAAAGCUUCAGCAUUGUAUCGAUGUUCAAAAGCAUAUUCGGUUCACCAGCA